AGUCAGAGGAGGAGCCUGCUGUUGCCCCAGCAACAACCAAGAGAACUCAAGAGGAGCGCAGUAGCGUAGUAUCGCACCUUAAAUCACUCGCUGCCACAAAGGUCGUAGGAGAGGCGUGAGCGAGGCCUGGCCGACCCCCGUGGAGAGGACAGAUUAGGCCUAUGAACUACAAUCCCACAGCCGUUUCCGUCUCUUCUAACGGUUAAACGAACUGAGGACCAUGGCUGAGGCGCACGUGAUCGGGCAGAUCAUAGGGGCCACCGGUUUCUCUGAAAGUAGCCUCUUCUGCAAGUGGGGUAUCCACACAGUGGGAAGAAUAAGAGUGCUUACUUUGUGUGAUUAUUGUCAAGACUAGAUGAUUAUCAGCAACACUAAACUAUGGCCUGGACUAGAGUCCUCAGGGCAGCAUGGAAGCUCCUGUCAGGUGUCCGGGAGGGCCAGACACAGGUGGACACUCCCCAGGUAGGGGACAUGGCCUACUGGUGCCACCCCAUUGACCUGCACUUCGCUACCAAAGGUCUCCAAGGUUGGCCCCGGCUCCAUCUCCAGGUGUGGUCCCAGGACAGCUUUGGCCGCUGCCAGCUUGCCGGCUAUGGCUUUUGCCACGUGCCCAGCAGCCCUGGCACCCACCAGCUGGACUGUCCCACAUGGCGGCCACUGGGCAGCUGGCGGGAGCAGCUGGCCAGGGCCUUUGUGGGUGGUGGUCCGCAGCUGCUGCAUGCAGACACCAUCUACAGUGGGGCCGACCGAUACCGCCUGCACACAGCGGCUGGUGGCACUGUGCGCCUUGAGCUUGGCCUGCUGCUGCGUCACUUUGACCGCUAUGGUGUAGAAUGCUGAGAGAUCCUGCUUCCAACAGUUGGCUCUCAUCCACAGCCCUGGCCAUGAGCUGAAGGCUGGAUGGCACAGCAGUCAAGGUCAUGGGCCCUGGAGACAGACCCCAGGCAGGCAUGGCCCUAUGUCAGUCCUUGCAAAGGACCUCAAGCUCAGCACUGCCUGUGCAGUCCCAGUUCCCCAUGCAUCACGUGGGGUAAUAAGUGUGGGUCACAGGGUUUGAGAGGGAAAUGCUGUUUAGCACAUGGGAGGUGCUUAAUAAAAGUGAGUAAUUCUUACAA